ACUGUAUGAUCAGAACGAUCAGAUGUCCUGUCACGCAAGCCUCCUGGGGAUAAUGUGAUAUGUUUUAAAUUUGUAAAUCAAUUUGGCCGCCAUAUCAGUAAUAAUUAAGAAUGUCAAAUAUUUUGAAACGAUAGCCAAUAGCCAAUGAAUGAAUACAUAUAGAUGUAAAUUAAUGACGAUGUUCAUCUACAUAAAUUUUCUUUUGCUCUAAAGAAAAACCUUCCUGUGGGUACCCAAUCGAGAGCAUAUCAACAAGAACUCUAAUCGAGUAAGACUCUACGGAAAUGUGGUUCUGGAUCACAUCAUUGCUUUUAACUACCAUAGCAAUUCUUGGAAACGCUCUCGUGAUAUACCUCCUCAUCACUCGCCGUCGACUUCGUAACAAAACAAACUAUUUUCUCUUAUCACUGGCUGUGGCAGAUAUCAUUUUAGUGGCUGUUUUUAUUCCGCCUCAUUUCGGCUGCCAGAUAGCUGGCUGCAGCCAUUCAAUGGUGAUCCUAUAUUUGGUUUCAUACUUCGGGGAAGUUUCUGCUACGAACAUAAUGGCUUUCACCGUGGAUCGCUAUUGCGCAAUAGUCCUUCCUCUCAAGUACACACACAUUAUAACAACGAAGACGAUCACUCUUCUUCUUGUGGCAGCCUGGUUGGCGCCGUUAAUUCUAGAUGUUAUUCCAACACUUGUGCUGUCAAAUGAAUAUAUCACACAGCUUACAAGCAUGGUGAUUUUUCAAAUAACACCCUGUAUUUUCUUAGCGAUAGCAAUAAGAAAAAUUAUCAAAAUAGCAAACAGCCAUUCUAGGCGCACUUCGGUUCUAUUGAAGCAACUGAAGUUCAAUCGUCCGAACCAACGACUGCAAGGAAAAUCAGACGUGUCGUCAACUCGCUUGAUCAGCGUUAUGGUUGGAAUAUUUUUAGCUUGUUACAUAUGCCAGUCAUUGUCUUCGCUGUGUUCCUGUUUUCCGUCUUGUACAGAAUUGCAACCCGAAGAAGUCGUCAGAUAUACUUUGUCUUUUCUGCUGAUUAUAAAUUCUGGCGCAAACCCUUUUGUCUAUGCACUUUUCAAGAGAGAUGUUAAGAAGGAAUUUACUCGGGUUUUUCUGUGCAAAAGAAGAACUGAGAGAUAAACAGUCGCUUUUUAAUGAAAACAGAGCAAAUUCGUGUAGAUAUCGGAGGGACAGAAUAUCAUCAUCAUCAUUAUCAGACAGAAUUGUUUUUAUGGAAUCAGAAUGUCUGAAGUCAAGGAUUUAAUUAUCUUUUUGCCUCAUUUCUCUUUCUCAUUAAACGAGGAUUAAAAUUCCUUAAAAACCAACAAUUUAAAAACAUUCAUGCAUGUUUUUCUGCAUGAAUUAGUUCUAUUGUAAGAUACAUAAUUAUGCGUCUGUUUGACUCCAGGUGUAAUGGAUUUUACUCUUGAAGCAAUGUUUCUACAUUUCUCUAAUUUUUCUUGGCUUGCUCGUUCAUUUUAUUACCUAACAUUCUCAUAAAGCAAUAUGUCUAAUCUUUUGAUUUUCUUUAAACUUGAACAAAGACAACUAAACUUUCAAUUCGUGAGAGGUUCAAAUGCAUCUUUUGGUUAAUUAGAAGCGGAAAAUUAUUAAAGGAAGUAGACUUUUCCUUUUUUGGCCAUAAAGCGUCAGCGUUACUCCGGGAUAUUAAGUUUAUUCCAUGAAAUUAGGUCUGAUCAGCUUUCAUACCAGAUGUCCAGAUGUAGCAAUAUCAGACUUUAGCUAUAUUCACCAAUAUCCCAUUUAGCG